AUGCACACAUACAAACCUACUCCCAACCUUCUGCAGAGGAAUCGCUGCCCGAGGCUGAAGAAAAAGCACGAGGCGAGGAAGCAACUAUUAAAAUUCCUGGACAAGGUAAACACCAAAAUUAAAGAGGACGAUAAUAAGAUGGAAAAGAAGUUAAAAAAACUGGAGGAAAAAAUCGAAAAGGAAGAAAACGAAAUGGAGGAAAAAUGGAAAAAGAAAAAAGAAAAAACCAAGGAAAAAAUAACCAAAACCCCAGCGAAAGUCACUUUGCCUGGUAUAGGCCCAUACUACGACAAAGAAAAAAGCCUUAUGGAUAAACGAAUGGACACCUUAGGUAUUCAAUAUGAAAAGGAUAAAUAUAAGAAGAAGAGGCGAUGGAGUAACAUGAAAUCACAUUAUCAUAGUAAUCUCAAGGACAUACAAGAUAAACAAGAAAAGAGGAAAAUGAAAAAGUGCCAAAAAAUGUAUAAGUUUGAAAAGCAGUGGAAUUUUGGACCCAAAACAAUGAAGGGGUACUUGAAACAGAAACAGCAAGAAUAUGAUGAUGCUAAAAACUAUUACACGAAUGAACAGUUGAAAAAAGAAGAGGAAGAGAAGGCGAAGGAAGAGGCAAAAGCGAAGGAAGAAGCAGAAGCGGAAGCGGCUAAAGAGGCUGAAAAGGGCAAAGAAAACGAAGAGUGUGAAGAGGAAGAAGAGGAAGAAGAAGAAGAAUACGAAGAAGAUGAAGACUAUGAAGAAGAUAGCAAUUCUAAUGAAUAUGAAGAUUACGAACAUGAAGAUGAUGAGGACUAUUAUUUUAACCGUUACGACGAUGGAUAUUAUGAAGACUUUGAUCAUUAUUACGAGCAGGACCCUUCCUGCUAUGACUACUACAACAAUCUGUACUAUUAUUAUUAA